UUUCUCAACUAAUUUUUACCUAAUACAAGAAAAUCUACCAAACAUUUAAUGCAAGAUUACUUUCAAAGAUUUGCUGCCAUUUGUGCGGCUCCAUGUGCUGUGCUUUGCUGCUACUUUGCAGCCUUUCAUUUGGAUUUGCAUUUGCAUUUCAUUUUGGCCUCAUUUCAUCAGCAUUUGCAGCUUCGUUUGCUGCACUUUGCUGCUGCUCUUGCUUUCUUUUCAUUUGCUGCUCUUGGUGCAGCUUUCACACCACAACUCCAACAAUUAUCCGCGUCGGACCCCAUUAGGGGGGAAGCUCUCCCAGCGCCUGUUUCUCCAUUCACAAGACUCGAACUCGAGACCUUGCUUAAGGGGAACCGAGCUCCUUCCACUCGGCCCAACAGAUCGUUGGUAUCGAACUUCAGUAUCUGUCUCUUGUUUUGGAAAGCUUUGGAGGAUUUGAAAGAGGCUUAGCUCAAAUCAUGUCCGCAAUGUCUAAGCCUAAGCCAGAACUUUGUUUAGGUUCGUCUUGGUAUAUUGUAGAUCAUAUGUUCUUGGAAGAUUUUAAUUCUCAGAUUUCGUAUUAGAUAAAUUUUUUAACAAUAUAAGCCUUUCUGUAUCGGCGGGUUUGAGCUUCCCUGUUUUGGCACUUGGUAAUAAGAUUAGCAAGUCAGG